AUGGCGUCUUUUCAAAAUAUCUUGAUAGGGCUUUGCCUAUUUUGGGCCCAACUAAUCGGUGCCGCGCCGACUGCAAACACCAACUUUGGCAGUACCAACCUGCCCAUCGUCAAUCCUGGAGUCGCGGAUAUCAUCCCUAACCGCUACAUUGUUGUAUACAACAGCACCUUCGGGGACGAUGUUAUCGACGCCAAGAUGUCCUCCUUUUCCGCCGCCAUCAAGAAGCGUAACCUGAACAAGCGCGGGCUUGGAGGUCGCACCCUCUCCACUGAGAUAACGGCCUUUAAGAUGAACGCGUGGCGGGCGAUGGCACUUGAUGCUGAUGAUUCAAUGAUUAUGGACAUCAACAGUGCUGAUGAGGUUGAAUAUGUUGAGGCCGAUCACUGGGUAACGACCAAGGCCACGACGAUUGUCCAAACGAACGCCCCUCCCGGCUUGGUACGCUUGUCGGAGAAAAGAGUUGGAGACCAAGGAGUCUACAAGUUCAAUGACAAGGGCGGUGAGGGGAUCACUGCCUAUGUAGUUGACACCGGCGUACGUGUCACUCACACUGAGUUUGAGGGUCGUGCAACCUUUGCUGCCAACUUUGUGACGAACUCAGCAAAUACGGAUGAGAACGGCCAUGGUAGCCAUGUCGCUGGCACCAUUGCUGGCGCAACCUUUGGUGUUGCUAAGAAUGCUCAGAUUAAAGCCGUCAAGGUCCUUGACGCCCAAGGCCGGGGAGAGAACUCUGCCAUUCUCAAGGGGAUGGAAUUUGUCAUAAACGACGUGACGAAGAACAACCUCAAGGGCAAGGCCGUUAUGAACAUGUCACUCGGAGGAUCGAAGUCACAGGCCAUGAACCGUGCAAUCCAGGCCGUCUUCAACGCUGGUAUUGUUCCUGUUGUCGCGGCUGGAAACGAAAACCAAGACACAGCCAACACCUCACCUGGCUCCGCCCCGAGCGCCAUAACCGUCGGAGCCAUUGAUGCCACCACCGACUCCAGAGCCACCUUCUCCAACUUUGGCCAGUCCGUCGACAUCUUUGCUCCUGGCGUGAAGAUUCUGUCUGUCGGUAUUGGAAGCGAUAUAGAGACCAAGGUUCUCAGUGGAACUAGCAUGGCCUCCCCCCACGUCGCUGGUCUUGCAGCCUAUCUCAUGUCCUUCCAAUCAUUCCAGACCAUCGACGAUGUCAACACCAUGAUGCAACAACUCGCUCAGAAAACCAAUGCCCAGGUUCGUAACAACGUACCGGGAACAACGUCACGGAUUGCCAACAACGGAUUUUAA